CAGUAGACAGGCAUUCGGUAACUCAGUCAUAUCCGUGAAGUUCAGUAACAUGAGAGGUGUGGUUUCGUGUUUCUCCGCCUGGCUGGCCGCGGGUGUCCUCUUGGCUGGUGUCUCGGCGUCCCGGCAGCCUCCCAAUGUUGUCAUCAUGCUCAUGGACGAUAUGGGGUGGGGUGACUUAGGAUGCAACGGGGAGCCGAACAGAGAGACGCCUAACCUGGACCAGAUGGCGAGGGAGGGCCUGAUCGUCUCCAGCAUGUACACAGCAGCGCCACUUUGCUCCCCCUCUCGCGCGUCGCUUCUCACCGGCCGUCUACCAAUCAGGAACGGAUUCUACUCCAACAACACAGCGGGAAGGAAUGCUUACACCCCGCAGAACAUCGUAGGCGGGAUAUCAGAUGACGAGGUGUUACUGCCGGAGUUGCUGAAGGAAAGGGGCUACACCUCAGGCCUGGUGGGAAAGUGGCACCUCGGACACCAGCCUCAGUACCUGCCACGCAAACACGGCUUCGACUUCUGGUUCGGGUCGCCAAACUGCCAUUUCGGGCCCUACAUGGAUCUGGUGACGCCCAACAUACCUGUUUUCCUGAACGACCACAUGCUGGGCAGGUACUACAAGGACUUCCCCAUUAACAGAAACCAGGGAAUAUCCAACAUGACGCAGCUUUAUAUUGACGCUGCCGUGGGUUUUAUUAACAAGGAGGCAAGCAAGGGGCCUUUCUUCCUGCUGUGGGCGCCGGAUGCCACUCACGCCCCAACUUAUGCCUCAGAGAAGUACUACCGCACCAGCAGGAGAGGGCGCUACGGUAACGCGGUGAGGGAGCUGGACGCGGGCGUGGGCACCAUUCUGGACGCCCUCAGGAAGCAGGGCGUAGACAACAACACCUUAGUGGUCUUCACGUCUGACAACGGCGCGGCGCUCGUCAGUAAGCAAGAUGGAGGCAGUAAUGGGCCAUUUCUCUGCGGCAAACAGACCACUUUCGAGGGCGGAAUGAGGGCACCGGGCAUAUUUUGGUGGCCGGGGGUUAUCUCAGCAGGCACCACGUCCCACCAGGUGUGGACCCAGAUGGACUUGUUCUCAACGGCGGCACAGCUGGCGGGAGUGUCGCCCCCUCAGGAUCGCAUCUACGACGGCCUGCCCCUUGCUAAUUCCUUCACGUACCCGCAGCUUGAGGUUCCCAGGCCGGUGUUUCUGUACCGCGGGGACAGACUGAUGGCGGUGCGUCGCGGAGCUUCCAAGAUACACCUGUGGACCUUCAGCACGCCCCCUGCUGAGCUGCAAAAGGGCAUCAACUACUGUCCGGGUGCUGAGGUGCCCAACGUGACAACACCCACGCCCACAGACCACAGCGGCAGGCCAAUCCUCUUCAACGUGGAGGUGGAUCCUGGGGAGCGCUAUCCGAUCUCUCCCUCCUCGUCCACCUACAGAAAUAUUGUCCCUAUGCUGCUGAAUGUGAUAAGGGAACACAACGAGAAACUGGUUCCUGGUGAGCCCCAACUGAACUGGUGCGACCGCGCGGUGAUGCACUGGGCACCCCCUGGCUGUGAGACGCUGAAUGAGUGUUUGCCAGUACCCGAGUCCCACCCAACUCUCUGCGUCUGGCCCCAUUAACCUCGCCGCGUCCUCUCACACCGCUGAAAGAGAACAGUGACGCGGACAAGGACGGGGACGAGGAUGGGGAGGACAAGAAUGAAUACGUGGAGGAUUACUACUGAAGGACAAGAAGGAAUAAAGGUACAAUUGCCACUCAAGGUAACUAGUGGAGAAGAACAAGGAGCAAUAAAACUUUAGUUGAGACGUAUGUUACAUCGUGGGAAGGAAGGGCACGAAUGAAUAAGACAACGUAAUCUAUCCAACACAUGGGUUCCUGAAGGCACUUAGUACUCGCCUUCAACCUCGUAGUGAAUAAUAACACGAAGUCAUGUCCACAACUCACUUAAUUUCUCCUGAGACUGAGUGAGGAGAUGGAGGGAUGGGGUGAGCUGGUGAGGAAAGGGGGACAGAGACAGGGAGGGAAGGGGAGGGCAUGGAAAACUUGAUGCAUUGCACACGAGGUAGUUAUUCCUCCUCCUCCUCCUCCUUCUCCUCCUCCUCCUCCUCCUCCUCCUCCUCCUCCUCCUCCUCCUCCUUCUCCUCCUCUUCCUUCUCCUCUUCCUCCUUCUCUGCCACCUGGUGCUGCCUCAACUUAAUUAAGGCAGCCCGAGAAAGCGAAUUUAUCUUCCAUCAAAGGAAAGCGAACCCAGACGGAAAGAUGAAUGUUUUAAGAUAUCCCGAGGGUGGCCGCCACUCACACUCACUGCUUUUUUCUUCUUUUUUUGCAUAUAUUCCUUCUCUAAUGCACACACACACACACACACACACACACACACACACACACACACACACACACACACGGCUAUACAUGCCAUCAGGUCCCGAUGCAGUUUUAUUACUUUACUCUCACUUUACAACUCUCUCUCUCUCUCUCUCUCUCUCUCUCUCUCUCUCUCUCUCUCUCUCUCUCUCUCUCUCUCUCUCUCUCUCUCUCUCUCUCUCUGUUCACUUUACCUACACCACUUCCAUUUCACUCUUAAAACCAUUCUGUACCUCCCAGUAACCUUCUACCACAAAGAUCACUAAACUACACAAAGGGCCAAGACAACAAGGCUUCUACCUGUAUAAAAUGAUUGUCUGAAAGAAACGUAUUGGUUCAAGUGACUUGGCUGGCUGGGUGGCACAACGCACACAUGGCACAUCCUCUCUUUCUGAUAACAGGCCAGGCAUAUGAUACAGAAACGUUUUACUAUCACCGGUCUGCUGUGACAUUUUGUUCUCGUAUCAGGCAGAAUUUAUUUAUUUAUUCAUUUAUUUUCUGUGAUGAUAUACUUAUGUGUUAAAGUAAAGGGGAAUAUUUUUUUCAUAUAUUUUCUGUGGUGAUAUACUUCUGUGUUAAAGUAAAGGGGGAAUAUAUUUUUUCUUAUAUAUAUUUUCUGUGGUGAUAUACUUCUGUGUUAAAGUAAAGAAGGGGAUUUUUUUUCUUUCAUUUUCUGUGGUGAUAUACUGUCUGUGUUAAAAUGAAGAAGAUAAAGUAAACACCCCAUAGUCUUCAGAUACAAACACUGCAUCUAGUUUAAGUUAGCCAAGAUAAAGUUAGUCGAGAUAAAAUAGAGAACAUAUGUUUGUAUUGCAAGAAUGUUCUAUGCUAUCCAGUAACUGCCUUUUUAUUUUUCCAGUCACAGCAGAGUAGUAAAACAAUGUAUAAAUGUUUGACUGGUAUUUAACUGGUGUGAAUUUUUAACUAUAGUGGAGUAUACACAAAAAUGCUCGUAUUUUCUGGGACUUCAAUAAGGUGCUGAGGCGAAUUUCUAUAUCAAAAUCGUGCUUCCUACUUACUUUGAUGUGAAACUUUUACUAGUGGAAUAUAUAUAAACAUUUUCUUCUAUCAGGAAUUAAUAAAGUAUAAUGACAAAUCUUA